CGCCGCAGGCCCGCGUUAGGGUCGUGAAAAUGGCAUUAUUCUAGGAUGGAUAAAAUAAUUUUUGCUUGCGUUUGGGGUCGUGAAAUGAAAUAUUUUAGGUUGACGGCUCCCUGCCCUCACUCUUCCCCACGCUGGCCUUCAAUUGAUCACAAAACCCAGAAAGGUGUUAUUUUGGGGGGAGGGGGGAAUGGGAGUUUUACAGGGAACGAAGCUUGGGUGAGGUGUCUCAGGCUUUGUGAAGUUUGUUGCUGCCUCUUCUGAUUUUCCAUUUAUUCUUUAUACAAUUGCAUAUGUCCGAGUGGAUGAACAUACCAUUGGUGAUCCAGAGGAUUUUUGUCAAGACUGGAUAAACCAUGUAUCACAUUGAUUGUAGAGAUCAGCUUGAACGGGUCUUUUUACGACUUGGCCAUGCUGAAACAGAUGAACAGUUACAGAAUAUUAUAUCUAAAUUUCUUCCUCCUGUUUUGCUCAAGCUGUCCAGCACCCAAGAAGGAGUACGUAAAAAGGUUAUGGAACUGUUGGUCCAUCUGAAUAAGCGUAUAAAAAGUCGCCCAAAAAUACAGCUACCAGUAGAGACACUAUUGGUUCAGUACCAGGACCCUGCUGCAGUUUCCUUUGUCACAAAUUUUACUAUAAUUUAUGUUAAGAUGGGCUAUCCUCGCCUGCCAGUGGAAAAACAAUGUGAACUGGCCCCUACGCUUCUUACUGCCAUGGAAGGGAAGCCCCAGCCACAGCAGGAUAGCUUAAUGCAUCUUUUAAUACCAACCCUUUUUCACAUGAAAUACCCUGUUGAAUCAUCAAAAUCAGCUUCUCCGUUUAAUCUUGCUGAGAAACCAAAGACUGUGCAGCUGCUUUUGGACUUCAUGCUAGAUGUCCUUCUGAUGCCUUAUGGAUAUGUGUUAAAUGAAUCCCAGAGUCGCCAAAAUUCAUCUUCAGCACAGAGUUCUUCUUCAAAUAGCGGGGGAGGUUCUGGAAUCCCACAGCCUCCCCCUGGAAUGAGCUUUUAUGCAGCUAAACGAGUUAUUGGUGAUAAUCCCUGGACACCUGAACAGUUGGAACAGUGCAAAUUGGGCAUAGUGAAAUUCAUUGAAGCUGAGCAGGUGCCUGAACUCGAAGCUGUUCUCCACCUGGUGAUUGCUUCUAGUGACACACGCCACAGUGUCGCAACGGCCGCGGAUCUAGAAUUGAAAAGCAAGCAAAGCUUGAUUGACUGGAAUAAUCCUGCCAUCAUUAAUAAGAUGUACAAAGUAUACCUUGGCGAUAUCCCACUGAAGACAAAAGAGGGAGCAGUUCUGAAGCCAGAGCUGAAAAGGGACCCAGUCAGUACACGGGUCAAGUUAAAGAUCGUUCCUCAUCUCCUUCGUUCUAGGCAGGCUGCGGAAACGUUUCCGGCUAACAUUCAGGUGGUAUAUGAUGGACUUUUCGGUACAAGUACAAAUUCAAAAUUAAGAACAUUGUCUCUGCAAUUUGUGCAUCACAUUUGUAUAACCUGCCCAGAAAUCAAGAUUAAGCCACUAGGUCCAAUGCUUUUGAAUGGCCUCACCAAGCUAAUCAAUGAAUAUAAAGAAGACCCUAAGCUACUGUCAAUGGCAUAUUCAGCUGUUGGAAAACUCUCCAGUCGAAUGCCUCAUUUAUUCACUAAGGAUAUAGCUCUUGUGCAGCAGCUUUUUGAAGCCCUAUGUAAGGAAGAGCCCGAGACGAGACUUGCUAUUCAAGAAGCACUAUCUAUGAUGGUUGGAGCUUAUAGUACCUUGGAAGGAGCACAGCGAACUCUCAUGGAGGCGCUUGUGGCUUCGUACUUAAUAAAGCCUGAAGUUCAAGUUCGACAGGUGGCUGUGAAAUUUGCCAGCACGGUGUUUCCCUCAGAUCAUAUACCUUCCAGAUAUUUGCUCUUAUUAGCUGCAGGAGAUCCACGGGAAGAAGUUCAUGGAGAAGCACAGCGAGUAUUAAGGUGUCUUCCUGGUAGAAACAGAAAAGAAAGUGUUGCUAAGCAGAUGCCUUCUUUCCCAGAGAUGGUGUAUUAUAUCCAAGAAAAGGCUUCCCAUCGAAUGAAAACACCAGCCAAGUACAUGACUGGAACCACCGUCCUCCCAUUUAACCCAGCAGCCUUUGGAGAGAUCGUUCUAUACUUGCGCAUGUGCCUGGCUCACAGUGCAGGUGUGGUGCCCACCUCUCAGAGCUUGGCUGAUAUGCAAGACCACUCCCCUGCCAUUGGACGCUACAUCCGGACUUUAAUGUCAGGCAGCCAGGCCACAUCCUCCUCGUCCUCUUCCAAGAGUGGAGAAACCAAUCCCGUUCAGAUCUAUAUUGGUCUGCUUCAGCAGCUGCUAGCAGGUGUUGGAGGUUUGCCAGUCAUGUACUGCCUGUUGGAAGCUGUGUCAGUGUAUCCAGAAAAGCUGGCUACCAAAUUUGUAGACAAAACAGAAUGGAUAAAGAGUCUCAUGAAUAGCAGUAAGGAGGAGAUGCGUGAACUGGCAGCACUAUUUUAUUCUGUGGUGGUAUCUACAGUGUCGGGAAACGAGUUGAAGUCCAUGAUAGAACAGCUUAUAAAGACUACAAAAGACAGUCACAGCCCGGAGAUACAGCAUGGAUCCUUGCUUGCAUUGGGAUUCACAGUAGGAAGAUACUUGGCUAAAAAGAAAAUGAGAAUGACAGAGCAGCAAGACCUGGAGACGACAGGUGAUUUCCUGCCUGAGCAAGAGCAGCUCAUUCAGAGUGCCACGGAAACGAUAGGCUCGUUUUUGGAUAGUACAUCACCCCUCUUGGCAAUUGCUGCCUGUACAGCUCUGGGUGAAAUUGGCAGAAAUGGUCCACUCCCAAUCCCUAAUGAGGGGUCUGGCUUUACCAAAUUGCAUCUUGUGGAAAGCUUACUAAGUCGAAUACCGUCCAGUAAAGAAACAAAUAAGAUGAAAGAACGAGCAAUUCAAACACUGGGAUAUUUUCCAGUUGGGGAUGGAGAUUUUCCUCACCAGAAGCUGCUCUUGCAAGGUCUGAUGGAUUCUGUGGAGGCCAAGCAGAUAGAACUUCAGUUCACUACUGGCGAAGCUAUUACCAGUGCUGCCAUAGGAACGUGUUCUGUGGCUGCCCGGGAUGCCUGGCUGGUGACCGAAGAAGAGUACACUCCUCCUGCUGGAGCCAAAGUAAAUGAUGUGGUCCCCUGGGUGUUGGAUGUAAUUUUAAAUAAACAUAUCGUCAGUCCCAACCCACAUGUGAGGCAAGCAGCUUGCAUCUGGCUCCUUUCCCUUGUGAGGAAGCUUAGUACCCAUAAAGAAGUGAAGUCUCAUCUUAAAGAAAUCCAGAGUGCAUUUGUUUCAGUUUUGUCAGAAAACGAUGAACUCAGCCAAGAUGUUGCCUCAAAAGGCCUUGGGUUGGUUUAUGAACUGGGCAAUGAACAAGAUCAACAGGAAUUGGUUUCUACCCUUGUAGAAACACUUAUGACUGGCAAAAGAGUGAAACAUGAAGUUUCUGGAGAGACAGUGGUAUUUCAAGGGGGAGGCCUUGGCAAAACACCAGAUGGCCAGGGCCUCUCUACUUACAAGGAGCUUUGUUCUCUGGCAAGUGAUCUUAGUCAGCCAGAUCUGGUGUAUAAAUUUAUGAAUUUGGCCAACCAUCAUGCAAUGUGGAACUCUAGGAAGGGUGCUGCCUUUGGUUUUAAUGUAAUUGCUACCAGAGCUGGAGAACAGCUGACACCUUUUCUGCCUCAGUUAGUUCCUCGUCUCUAUCGCUACCAGUUUGAUCCCAACCUUGGCAUCCGACAGGCAAUGACAAGUAUUUGGAACGCGUUGGUCACCGACAAAACGACGGUGGAUAAGUAUUUAAAGGAAAUUCUUCAAGAUUUAAUUAAGAACCUUACCAGUAAUAUGUGGCGAGUUCGAGAAUCCAGCUGUUUAGCUUUGAAUGAUUUACUGAGAGGAAGACCCUUAGACGACAUCAUUGAUAAACUUCCAGAAAUUUGGGAAACUCUAUUCAGGGUACAAGAUGAUAUAAAGGAAUCUGUACGAAAAGCAGCAGAACUAGCUCUGAAAACUCUAAGCAAGGUUUGUGUGAAAAUGUGUGACCCUGCCAAAGGUGCAGCUGGCCAGCGAACCAUUGCCGUCCUUCUGCCUUGCCUUUUGGACAAAGGAAUGAUGAGUCCUGUAACAGAAGUUCGAGCCCUCAGCAUUAACACGCUUGUGAAGAUCAGCAAAAGUGCAGGAGCCAUGCUGAAACCACAUGCACCAAAACUCAUCCCAGCUCUUCUGGAAUCCUUAAGUGUAUUGGAACCCCAAGUUCUCAAUUAUUUGAGCCUCCGGGCAACAGACCAAGAAAAGGCUGCAAUGGAUAGUGCUCGACUCAGCGCUGCCAAAUCCUCUCCCAUGAUGGAAACGAUCAACAUGUGCCUGCAAUAUCUUGAUGUGUCGGUGCUGGGUGAGCUAGUUCCUAGAUUAUGUGAGCUGAUCAGAAGUGGUGUGGGUCUUGGAACUAAGGGAGGCUGUGCCAGCGUCAUUGUGUCAUUAACUACUCAGUGUCCCCAGGACCUUACACCUUACUCAGGUAAACUUAUGAGUGCUUUGCUUAGUGGCCUGACAGAUCGGAACAGUGUAAUUCAGAAAUCCUGUGCAUUUGCCAUGGGCCAUUUAGUUCGGACCUCACGGGAUAGCAGCACUGAAAAACUCCUGCAGAAGCUCAAUGGCUGGUAUAUGGAGAAAGAAGAACCCAUCUACAAGACCUCUUGUGCUUUGACUGUUCAUGCUAUUGGACGGUACAGCCCUGAUGUGUUGAAGAACCAUGCCAAGGAAGUUCUGCCUUUGGCGUUUCUAGGCAUGCAUGAAAUUGCUGAUGAGGAGAAAUCUGAAAAAGAAGAAUGUAACUUAUGGACUGAAGUAUGGCAGGAAAAUGUCCCUGGUUCCUUUGGUGGCAUUCGAUUGUACCUGCAGGAGUUGAUUACCAUUACCCAGAAGGCUUUACAGUCUCAGUCCUGGAAAAUGAAAGCCCAGGGUGCAAUUGCCAUGGCAUCGAUUGCAAAACAAACCAGCUCCCUAGUACCUCCAUAUCUGGGAAUGAUACUGACUGCAUUACUGCAAGGCCUAGCAGGAAGAACAUGGGCAGGAAAGGAGGAGCUCUUGAAAGCCAUUGCCUGUGUGGUGACAGCUUGCAGUGCAGAGCUGGAAAAGCCUGUGCCCAAUCAACCCAGCAUAGAUGAGAUUCUCCAAGCUGUUCUGAAGGAGUGUUGCAAAGAGAACCUCAAGUACAAGAUUGUAGCUAUCAGCUGUGCGGCAGAUGUCUUGAAGGCCACCAAAGAAGACAGAUUUCAGGAGUUUUCUGACAUUGUCAUACCUCUCAUCAAGAAGAACUCACCUGAAAGCAUUGGAGUCCGGACUAACAAAAAUGAGGAUGAGAAUGAGAAGGAAAAGGAGCUCCAGCUGGACUCCUUGCUGGGAGCAUUUGAGAGUCUUGGCAAAGCCUGGCCUCGAAAUGAGGAGACCCAACGUUGUUAUCGCCAGGAGCUGUGCAAACUGAUGUGUGAACGGCUAAAACUCAGCACAUGGAAAGUGCAGCUAGGAGUCCUGCAGUCAAUGAAUGCCUUUUUUCGGGGACUAAUGCUUUUAGAAGAAGAGCAUGCAGAUCCUGAGGCUUUGACUGAAAUUCUCCUUGAAACUUGUAAAGCAAUCACGUAUUCUUUAGAAAAUAAGACCUACUCAUCUGUGAGAACAGAAGCUUUAUCUGUGAUAGAAUUACUGCUUAAAAAACUUGAAGAAUCUAAACAGUGGGAAAGUUUGACAUCUGAAUGCCGAGCACUCCUAAUUGAAUCUUUAGCAACUAUGGAGACAGACAGCAGACCUGAACUGCAGGAGAAAGCAUCAUUACUGAAGAAAACACUUGAAAAUCUGGAAUAAAUUAGAAGGGGAAGAAACAAACAAGUGCCAUGUUUAUUGGGGUUGAAAUGGUGGUAUUCUUUGAAAAGAAGUGGGAAAAGUAAAGAUUAAUCUGUAGCAUGCAUCAUUCCUUGGCUGAAAUAAAAAAAAAAAAUGCCUUAAAUUUUGUUCCUUAUUAGCUUUAUUUUACUCGAUGUUUUCAAAAUAGCUGAGCUGAGUGAACUUAAUGGAACUUCGAAUGUUUGAGAGGUGAUUGUAGAUGAAACUGACACAGUUAUUAAAAGAAAGAAAGCUGUUAUUAAAUGAAUUGACAGACAAAAGUUGCAGAGCACGCUGGAUAAAAAUCUUACAACUGCAUCCAAAUUAAAUAAAAUUAUUUCAGAAAGGGACCUGUAAUCACUUCAUUUAACCCCCUUAUUUUGCACCUGAAGAAAUAGUCUAUGAGAUGACACAAUUUCCUUUAUGAGUCUGUGCCAAAACCAAACCCCAGGUGUUUGAAGACUUGCCUGGUGAUGCUUUCUUUUACAACCUGCUCCUGAUCAGUGCUAACCCUGGCCGACCUGAGAAACUCCUAAGAUAAGGUGCAUACACUAGCCUUUACCAAACCCACCCAUUACCUCAGCACCACAGGAGCUGAAUAUUGUCUUGUCAUUAGUUUAGAUAAUUGACUUUUAGAAAUGAUUAUUUAGCGUCUUCACAGGUUGAGAGGGAGAAUACAGUCACAUGAUCAUUCGGAUUGUCCUUUUACAGGCAGAUGAAAAUAGAUUAGGACAAGGGUGCUCAUUCUAUCUAUCUUUGGUUGCAUAUUUAGCAAAACCCUAUCCAAAAACCAAAAUCACAACUGCUUUGGUUUAGACCAUUUAUAAUCUCAAAGCUGUAAAGCCAACUUAAAAUUUUCCACCCUCUUUUCCGCUAUAGGAGAGAAAGGAAAGCAUUUUAAUUAGCCAUCUGGGAAUAAUGUGAUACCACUCAAAAUAAUUGCAGGGUUUCUUCCUUUCUUUCUACAGCUCACACCCCUGCCUAAGUAAGGAUGCAGAGCAAGGGGGGAAAACUUGUUUAAUGUAAAUGUUUAUGAUACACCAAGAACUCCUAGCUUCUCCUGGAUUCCAAGCAGAAAAUGCGCUUACACUCAAUACUGACCCCUUAUUGACAACACCAAGAUAGAAACUCCAUGUUUAUUAAUUUUGGUGAUCUCUAUUGGCCAAUUUCAAGCUUUUUGGACUGUGACGCAUAGUUAAAAAUCCUUUUUUGCGUUGUGACCCAGAUGAGAGAGAGUGUGUGUGUGUGUAUGUAGAAAAUGUAAAAUCAUUAGCUGAAAUAAAUGUUUUGUGAAAUAAUGCAUACUCUUACUAUGUGUGAUAUACUUUGAUUCCUUGGUUCUACUCCCCUGACCUACACACCAUCCCACCCCCCACCACUCUCCACCCCCAUUUUCACGUGCACCUCAGAUUCACUAAAAUUCCUUUCCUAACUCACAAAUGAGUUGCUAUUCAGUUCUUAAAAACAGUACCGUCAAUAGUACCUAAACUUGGCUAUAUGUUCUGAGUUUUGGGGUUGCUUCUGAUUGAAAAAGGGGUUUACAAGUGAAAAUUUGUUACCAAAAGAUUUCUUC